UAGGGGCAAGGGUCCGCUAAAAAAUACAUCCGACGUUAUCAAUGCAGCAAAGAAGAUUGCAGAAGCGGGCUCCAGAAUGGAUAAACUGGCUCGAGCUGUAGCUGACCAGUGUCCCGAUUCGGCUUGUAAGCAAGAUCUGUUGGCCUAUUUGCAACGUAUCGCACUCUACUGCCACCAACUCAACAUCUGCAGCAAAGUGAAGGCAGAAGUCCAAAACCUGGGAGGGGAGCUGAUUGUUUCCGGGUUGGACAGUGCAACCUCCCUCAUCCAGGCCGCCAAGAAUCUAAUGAACGCCGUGGUCCUGACCGUGAAGGCCUCCUACGUGGCUUCCACCAAGUACCAGAAAAUGUACGGCACGGCGGCCAUCAACUCUCCCGUGGUGUCCUGGAAGAUGAAAGCUCCUGAGAAGAAACCGCUGGUGAAGAGAGAGAAGCCCGAAGAGUACCAGACCAGGGUGAGGAGGGGAUCCCAGAAGAAGCACAUUUCUCCCGUGCAGGCCCUGAGUGAGUUCAAGGCCAUGGACUCCUUCUGAGGCCCGUGCAAACCCUCACACUAGCCCUUUCAAAUGAUCAAUGAUGCACUUAAUAAAGUUAAACAGAGUAAGAUGUCUCCAUGCCGCUAAGGUACAAAAAUAAACCAUUGACUUCUAGCUAAAUUGGGAUCAAUCCAUUGAUGAAAUGGAAUUUAAAUUCUAGCUUUAAAAAUAUAUAAUAUCGGGUUUUGCAUUGUUUGAAAACAAGGAAUUAAAAUGUGCCGGGGCUAGAGUGGUUAAGCAGUUUCCUAAGCUGAUCAAUCUUCUGUGCAUUAAGCUUCUAGGGCUGUAAUAUCAGUGCUUAUAUGUUUCAAGUAAUACAAGACUAGAAAUUAAAAAAAAAACAUAAAGCCAAUGUGUUCCUCUGUUUGGUGUAGUUCGAAGCACAACAUGUAACUUCAAUGGUCUUUUUAUUUAUUUGAUGAUUAUACUAAUGACUGGCUGUGUUAGAAUAGUGAGAUUGUGCUUUCUGGGUGGGGGGGGGGGGGGGGGGGAAACUGAAACCAUAUUUAUUUUGUGGGCAUUAGUGAUGUUCCCACGGCUCCGGAUGCCUGGUCACUAAUUGUACUGACGACAGAAGUGUACUUUAACCUUAACUAUCAGCUGUACCAGAAACAAGAUCCACAAGCAAAUUCCACGGAAUUAAUAGACAGUAACAUAAAGCAGAUUGUUUCACCGGAUGAGGUUCCUGUGAAGGGAAUCUUUCAGAGGUGGUUCUCCCUCUGACAAUGGUGUGCUAGCCAGUAGAUAGUGAAUGAUGUGUUAGAAUGGAACUUGACAGUGAAUGAUGUAGAAUUUUGAUUUGCUUAAACCGUAGAUGACUAAAUAUGUCUUUGUAUCCACCUGAGUGUUCAAAUAAAACUCUUCAACCAUCCUCA